UGAAAGAAGCUGGAAGAGACUUCACCUAUUUUAUUGUGGUGCUUGUUGGAAUUGGUGUUACAGGUGGUUUGUUCUAUGUGAUUUUUAAAGAGCUAUUCUCUUCUUCUAGUCCAAGUAAGAUCUACGGACAUGCCUUGGAGAAAUGCAGAUCUCACCCUGAGAUAAUUGGUGUUUUUGGUGAAUCUAUUAAAGGUUAUGGGGAGGCAACAAGAAGAGGAAGACGACAGUUUGUCAGUCAUAUUGAAUACGUAAAAGAUGGACUGAAACAUAUGCGUUUGAAGUUCUAUAUUGAGGGCUCUGAAUCAGGGAAGCGGGGAACAGUCCAUGUGGAAGUCAAAGAGAAUCCUGAGACAGGAAGAUUUGAGGUCCGCUACAUAUUUGUGGAUGUUGACACCUAUCCUAGAAGAACCAUUAUCAUAGAAGACAACAGAUAG